AGGCGGGGGCGCCGCGGCGGCGAGGCGAGCUGGGCCGCGGGCGGGCGCGUUCCGGGAGGCGAGCACAACGGAAGGAGCGUCCUUCCUCCCCGGCCCCCGGGGACUGCAGGAGGAGCUGCUGACCCAGCAGUGUGGUCAGCCUGUCACGUUAGCUCUUAGCGCCCUCCAAUCCCGGGCUCAAGUACCAACUGGAGAUAGUUCUUGGUUCGAUGUGGAGUCCCAGGUGAACUUCCCCUCAGUGCUGCAACCCCAACUGGCUCGAAGCUGUGCAGGCCUUGUGCAUGCUGUCACAGAGUAAAGGAGAACCAACCCAGGGAAAGGAGCUAAUAGACAAAAAAUGUCAGACGACAAAGAAAGGAAGGAGGAAGGCAUUCCUAAAGAAGCUCUGAGCAAAGAAGACACAUCUUCAUUAACUGAUGUUGUAGAGCAAGUUGCAAAACAACAGCAAUCACAGACAUCAGAAAUAGAAAAACAUAAGAAAGUUCUGCUCCAUUUGCAGAUUGAACUUCAUGAUCUUGAAAAUCAAAUAGCAGCGACUGCUGCAGAAGCUAAAGAAACAGAGAGGCAGAUGCACCAGCAAGAUGCUGCCACGGAGAAUUCCAGACUUCGGUGUGGGCUCUUGGAAGCUCAGAUUGAGUCCUUAUAUUCAGAAACCGUAAAGCUUAAAUUUGAUUCAGAAACAGCCCAAGAAAAUUUCAAGGAAAAAAUGAUAAAAUAUAAUGCAUAUUAUGCAAAAAUAAAAGCCUAUAAAGAUAGCUUAGGAGAGAUAGACAGCAAAUGCUCAUUUAUGACUGAACUCUAUGAAAAGCGAGAUCUCAUCAAAAACCUAAAGACAAUGAAAGAAGAUCUUAUGGAAAAUCUCCAAAAUCCACAAAGGAGCUAUGCAACACAAAUACAGGAAGACAUUUCAAAGCUAAUGAAUAAAAUUAUGACAGUAAAAAAUUCAAUCAUUGAGAAAACAUAUUCUAUUGAAGAAGAGAAAAAGACACAUGAAAAGCUAAGAAAAGAAAUAGAGGUACAACGGAAGAGAUAUGAUGCAAUUCUUAAGCGUUUGCAUUGUCAGGUGAACAAGAUUCAGUUAAAUAGGAGGAAUUGGCAAUGGAAUAUCCAACAACUGGAAAACACUGCAGCUGAGUUAAGAAAACGCCUCGGAGUAAAAGAAGCCCAUGAAAUACAGAACAGACCAACAGCAUAGUAGGAAAGAACACUGUGACGAUUCUUCCAUCUCUUGUCAGCACCCAAUAGAGACAGAGGCCUGUCUCAAUGACCAAUAUUUUCUUUUUCUUUUUCCUUUUUGUUUCAACCAGGUAGCUAUUGGCUAAAGUGCCUCCUAGUCUAUAGUGCACAGCACUAGGUAGACAGCAGCAGUGCUUGCAGGAAGCUAGCAGAAGAGAGGGUGUGCACAUUCACAUGGUCAUUUCACCCUGAAUGCCUGCUUGUAACCAUGUUGGAUUCACUACCCUACAAAGUAAAAACAACUGGAUUUUCAAUGACUUAAAUUGUUGAGAUACUUAAAAAAUAGUUGUCUGUUUCAAACUUUUUAUUAGAUUAUUUUACGACUGUCUUUGCA